UUAUUUUAACAAUAUCACAAAAAAAUAAAAAUAAGUCGGUGAGUUUAUCUUCGAUUAUUUUCAUCGUUUCUUUUUAUUUAUUUUAUUUAUUCAUUUAUGUUCGUUGUGUGUGCUGCUACUGCGCAUGCGUGAAGUCAACCCAUCUCAAAGGAUUGGUGUUUAUAAAAAAAGGACACUGGCUUCACAUUGCAGAUGGCAUUUCUUCAACUCUAGCUGCCUGUUUUAUGGCGUGCCCGGUCCAGUUCCUGUGCAGGACUCUGCGGACUUUGGGACUGGUUCUCCUCUACUAUGUCUUCUCCAUAGGCAUCACUUUCUAUAAUAAAUGGCUAAUGAAGGAUUUCCACUAUCCCCUCUUUAUGACGCUGGUACACCUGGCCAUCAACUUCUGCCUGUCGGCGCUGACCCGGCGGGCCAUGAAGUGCUGGACAGGGAAGUCUCGUGUUAUUCUCAGCUGGACUGAUUACCUCUACAAGGUGGCUCCCACAGCCUUGGCGACAACACUGGACAUUGGACUGUCCAACUGGAGCUUCCUCUUCAUCACCAUUAGCUUGUACACCAUGACCAAGUCCUCGGCAGUACUCUUUAUUCUCUUUUUCUCUCUGCUCUUCAAACUUGAGGAGCCAAACCCAUUCCUGGUCCUGGUGGUGCUGUUGAUCGCCAGCGGCCUCUUCAUGUUCACCUUCCAGUCAACCCAGUUCAACCUGGAAGGCUUCGUUUUGGUGCUGCUGGCGUCCUUCAUCGGGGGAAUACGAUGGACCCUCACUCAGGUGCUCAUGCAGAAAGCGGAGCUGGGUCUCCAGAACCCGGUGGACGCCAUGUACCACCUCCAACCUCUCAUGUUCCUUGGCCUCUUUCCUCUCUUCCUGGUUAAUGAAGGAUUGAGCUUGAGCACGUCAGACAAGUUGUUCCGGGUGACGGAGUUGUCUCCUCUCUUGUAUUCUGUGCUCUUGUUGAGCAUGGGAGGAAUCCUGGCUUUCGGUUUGGGCUUUUCAGAGUUUCUUCUCGUCUCACGAACAUCCAGCCUCACCUUGUCCAUAUCGGGCAUCUUUAAGGAGGUCUGCACGCUGCUACUGGCAGCGUCGCUGAUGGGAGACAAAAUGAGCGCACUCAACUGGCUGGGCUUCGUGAUGUGUGUGUGUGGUAUCGCUCUGCACGUGGGUCUGAAGACCUACUACUCCAAAAAUAAAGGCUCGUCCGUAAGGCAGCUGAGCGGAAAGAACACGGAGCUCCAGCUGCCCUUGCUAAGGCAGGAUGAAGACGAUGGCGACAAUGAGGAAGAGGAAAUGACUCUGCUCUAGCAUACGAGAUCAUCGUCAUCCUCGUAGAGAUCCGUCAUGGUCUGCUUGACAACCUCACCAUCUAUGUUGUUCUCUUUUGUCUCAGGGGCGUUAAAAUGAUUGAAAUUGAAUACUUUUCUAUGUGAGGUGACUCUCUAGGAGAAUCAUGGACCUUACUAACUUGAUAACAAUCAGUUUGUUCCCUUAAACUAGAUUUAUCCACACAAAUUUAACCUCCACACAAAUAGAAAUGAUAUAAUAGAAGAUACUUUAUUGAUCCCUGGGGGAAAUUCAGCAACCACAGUUUGCUCACAAUAGACAAUAAACACUUAGGUAUUUUUUACAUGUGAAUAAUAUAAAUACAGUCUAUUAUACAGCAUUAUUCACAAGCGAAUAAAAUAAAUGCAGUCAAUUAUACAGCAUUAUUCACAUGUGAAUAAUAUAAAUACAGUCUAUUAUACAGCAUUAUUCACAUGUGAAUAACAUAAAUACAGUCUAUUAUACAGCAUUAUUCACUUGUGAAUGAUAUAAGUACAGUCAAUUAUAGAGCAUUAUUCACAUGUGAAUAACAUAAAUACAUUCUAUCAUAUAGCAUUAUUCACAUGUGAAUAAUAUGAAUGCAGUCUGUUAAACAGCAUUAUUCACAUGUGAAUAAUAUAAAUAGUCUAUUAUACAGCGUUAUUCACAUGUGAAUAAUAUAUAAACAGUCUAUUAUACAGCCUUAUUCACAGGUGAAUAAUAUAAAUACAGUCAGUUAUACAGCAUUAUUCACAUGUAAAUAACAUAAAUACAGUCUUUUAUACAGCGUUAUUCACAUAUGAAUAACAGUUUAUUAUACAGCAUUAUUCACAUGUGAAUAGUAUAAAUAUUGUCAAUUAUACAGCAUUAUUCACAGGUGAAUAAUAUAAAUACAGUCAAUUAUACAGCAUUAUUCACAUGUGAAUAACAUAAAUACAGUCUAUUAUACAGCGUUAUUCACAUUUGAAUAACAUAAAUACAGUCUAUUAUACAGCAUUAUUCACAUGUGAAUAAUAUGAAUACAGUCUGUUUUAAAGCAUUAUUUACAUGUGAAUAAUAUACAGUCUAUUACACAGCAUUAUUCACAUGUGAAUAACAAAUACAGUGUCUUAUACAGCAUUAUUCACAUGUGAAUAAUAUAAAUACAGUCUAUUAUACAGCAUUAUUCACAUGUGAAUAACAUAAAUACAAUAUUAUACAGCAUUAUUCACAUGUGAAUAACAUACAGUAUUAUACAGCAUUAUUCACAUGUGAAUAAGAUAAAUACAGUCUAUUAUACAGCAUUAUUUACAUGUGAAUAAUAUAAAUACAGUCUAUUAUACAUUUAAGUACAGUCAAAAAGGAACAUAUGCAUUAUACAGUCUGAUGGCUGGGAGUCUGAGCCUUCCACUGAUUGUGCUCAUUCUCUCCGCCAGGCCGCAGUGUAGUGGGUGGGAGGUGUUGUCCAUAAUGGCUUGGAGCUUUGCGAGACUUCUCUCUGACACCACCACUAGAGAGUCUAGCUCCACUCCCACCACGUCACUGGCCUUCCUUACCGGCUUGUCCAGCCCGUUUGUGUACCCCGCUCUCAGCUCGCUUCCCCAGCAGGCCACGGCGUACAAGAAGGCGCUCGCCACCACCGACUCGUAGAACAUCUUCAUCAUCUUUGUACAGAGGUUGAAGGAUCCUAGCCUCCACUUCUCUGACCCGUCUUGUAGAGUGCCUCAGUAUGUUUUAACCCUGAUCGUUUGGAUGCUCAGACUCUGACCGCCAAAGACUGCAUCGUAUUAUUGUAAUGCGUUCCAACUCCACCUGAGCUCAUCUGUUUCCAUAAUUUUUUUCAUUUGGCAUUAUAUUCGACUCAAGCCAUUAUGCACUGAGCCUAAUUAAUGUUGGAGCUGACUCGAAGCAUGGAUUUUUGCCGCUCGCUAAUCAACCAUGUGACCUCAGGGGUAUUGUACUUUACAGGUUGUACUGUACUUCAAUACUUUUUCUUGCUUUCAGUGGAUAUUUUUAGCUUUAAAAAUGACCUGAUUGUGCCUUACUUUCUGUACCUCGGCGUCUUCUACUGGACUUGUAAUUAAAACAUUUGCUGCAAUUUAUCAUACAAAAUAGAA